AUGGAGGGAGUGUCUCGUGCUAACAGUCUCUUCGCUCUGGAUCUCUAUCGGGCUCUGAGCGCCAGCAGUGCUGAGGGAAACAUCUUCUUUUCUCCAUUGAGCAUCAGUGCAGCGCUCAGCAUGGUCUACUUGGGGGCCCGAGGAGACACCGCCGCAGAAAUGGAGAGGGUUUUGUCCCUCAGUUCUGUGUCUGAUGUUCACUCUCAUUUUGAGAGUCUCAUCUCAUCUAUCAACAGUCCAUCAGCCUCCUACAUCCUCAGACUGGCCAACCGCCUCUAUGGAGAGAAAACCUUCAGCUUCUUACCUGAAUAUUUGGACUCCACUAUGAAGCUGUAUCAUGCUGAACUUCAGACUGUGGACUUCAUUAGAGCAUCAGAAGAGUCUCGACAGCUCAUUAACAAAUGGGUGGAAAAGCAGACAGAGAACAAAAUCAGAGAUCUUCUGAAGCCUGGUAUGGUGACUACAAUGACUCGACUCGCGUUGGUUAAUGCCAUCUACUUUAAAGGGAAAUGGACACACACAUUUCAAGCAAAAUACACUAGAGAAAUGGCAUUUAAAAUAAACCAGAAGGAGAGCCAUCCUGUGUGAAUGAUGCACCAGCUAAAUAAGCUCCCUUUCAGAUGCCUCCCAGAGUAUAAACUGCAAGUGCUGGAGUUACCAUAUAUACGGCAGGAGCUCAGCAUGUUGAUCCUUCUUCCAGACGAAACUAAGGAUGGAUCUGAUCCUCUUCUCAAGCUGGAGAAAGAGUUGACUCUUGAAAAGCUGCUUGACUGGACCAACAGAGACAAAAUGGACACACAGGGGGCGGUCAUUGUCCAUCUGCCAAAGUUCAAGUUGGAGAUUGAGAGCUGUCUUUCAGAAACACUGGAAAAGAUGGGCAUGAGCUCUGUGUUCCAGGAAACCAAGGCUGAUCUGACAGGCAUGGGCAGUAAUGGUGGUCUCUUUGUUUCAGCAGUGAUUCACAAGGCUUUUGUGGAUGUCAGUGAGGAAGGAACUGAAGCAGCAGCAGCUACAUGUGUGUAUAUUAUAACUAGUUAUGUCCCCCGACCAGAACCUCGAUAUUAUUUCACUGCAGAUCACCCCUUCAUGUUCUUCAUCAGGCACAACCCCUCAAACAACAUCCUCUUCUUGGGCAGAUACAGAAGCCCAUCCUAGAAAUGCAGUGUUUGUUUUGGUUAAUGCAGAUGAAAUUCUGUGUUUACUCUCAAUCUUUUGGCAAAAAAAUCACUUUAUUUGUUUUUGUAUUCACAAAUGACAUUAAUCCAGCUUGUUUACAGUAAUGCCCAUAUAAAGUUUUAGUUCUGACCAUGA